CAAGGUCGAGCCACAGGUUCUGCGGACUGCAUGACCAGCUCACAAAGGGAACUGUGAGAAGUGGGCACCAUGUCCGAGGGAGCUUACCAGCGCCUCUGGGACUCCUCCCACGUGACCCUUCAAGAGUUGCUGGACCAGGAGCAGCCCCUGCUGGAACCUGUGUCGUCCAGGGAGCGGCAGUCUUUCCAGUACAGGCUCUCGUCCGUCUACCUGUGCUACCUGGGGCUGAUGCGCCGGUUCGACACCCUCUACGACCAGAUGGUGCAGCCGCAGAAGCGGCGGCUGCUGCGGCGCCUGCUGGACAGUGUGGCAGGCCGCGUGCUGGAGCUCAAGGAAGACCUGGUGCGCGCCGACCUCAGCGAGUACCACUGCCUGGACCGCGUGCUGCAGGACCUCAAGCUCACCCCGGCAGACCUGGAGGUUCCAAUCCCCAAAUACUUUCUGUUGGAGCAGUCCACCGUUCUGAAGGAGCGAGAGCUGAUGCUGGCAGAGAUCCUGUCCAGAAUGAAGCCAGUGACCUCUGAGGUGGGUAUUCCAGAAAUGCACCGGACUGAGGCCAUAAUCCUGCUGCAAAGGGCUGAGCGGGCCAGGCAAGGACGGCUCCGAGCCACCUUCAUGCGAGAGAUACGGAGAGAGGAGGAGCGGGAUCGGAAGAUUCGAGAGGACGGUUGGCACAAGUUCGAUCAGGACCAAGCAGCUGUGACCAUACAGAAGUGUGGGGCCUGUCUGGGCCCACAUGUCCCCCAGGUGUGGAAGGGUUACCUGCAGAGGAGACGUACUCAGCAGGACCGGCGAACGGAGAUGGAGUUCAUCGGCAUGCUCCCCUUGCCACCGAGCCAGGUGGAGAAUGCGGGCGUCAUGUACCAAGCCGGCCUCAGGGAGGGUAUCCGGAGGGUCCGCCAGACAGAGAAGGAGGAGGAGUUCCAGCUGGCCAUAGAGAAGACCCGUGAUUCUAUCAAAGAGACAGAGGGGCCUGACAUGAAGGAGAAGUUGAAGGAGCAAAUCCGACAGUGGUUUAUCGAAUGCCAUGCCCUUACUGGUCGAUUCCCUGAUUAUCCAGAUGAUUCUGUAGGUGGAUCCUACAUGAUCUUUGCAGACAAGACUCCAGAACAGGUAAAAAUGGAACUGGAGACAGAGAUCCAGGAGAGCAAAAGAAAGGACCAAGAGAAAAAUAAGGAGAAAAAAGAGAGAAAGCAGAAGAAAGGAAAGAAAGACAAGACCAGGAAGGGGGAAGCAGACACGAUGCUGAAAGUGUGGCCAUCCAAGUUUAUACCUGUCAUCAAUGCUGGCCAUGAGGAGUACAUAAAUGUAUGGAAGAACCGGUGUGAGAGCAUAUACCCGAAACAGAGUUUUGACCCCGAGACGCUCCAGGUGGAGAAGAGAAAGGAAGUAGAGCAGGAGAUCCGGAUACAGGUGGACGAGCUGAUGCGCCAAGAGCUGAAGAGCCUGCGCCUGGUCGUGGACAGGGAGGAGGGGAGACCCUUGAAGCGUGCGAAGAAAAAGACUGGGAAGAAAGCCGGGAAGAAGAAGAAGGAAAAAGAUCUGACCCCAGACAGGUCCGUGGACUCUCUGUUUGAGGAGCUCGUGGUCUCCGGCUUUCUAAGGAAGUGCGAGACGGUGGCCUUGAAAGAUUACAUUGGCGACUACCUCUAUCUUGGAUCCAUUCUGAACCUGGCGAACAAGUUGCCUUCACCUUCCUUGUUUGACAUAAGACAGAAUGUGGCCUUGUAUGGGGUCCUUCGCCUUGGCUCCCCAGAUAUACACUCCAUGGCCCCCUUCAUCCGCUCGAUCCUCCUGGUGGGCCCCUCUGGAAUGGGGAAGAAGAUGCUGGUCAAGGCGGUGUGCACAGAAACGGGCGCCAACCUCUUUGACCUGUCCCCCAGCAACCUGCAGAGCAAAUAUCCUGGCAAGACGGGGACACAGAUGAUCGUGCAUAUCGUCUUUAAGGUGGCUCGGCUCUUACAGCCCUCUGUGAUCUGGAUUGGGAAUGCCGAGAAGAAUUUCUAUAAGAGGGUCCCGAAAGAAGAGAAGGAGAUGGACCCAAAGCGAAUAAAGAAGGAUCUCACCAAGGCCUUGCGACUGCUGAGCCCAGGAGACCGCGUGAUGCUGAUAGGGACGAGUGACCAGCCGCAGCUGGCAGAGAUGAAGGGGCUGUGCCGGACCUACGAACGGAUCCUCUUCAUGCCUCGGCCCGAUUACGCUUCUCGCUUCGGUGAGACCCUGCGAUGUGAGGACGGGCCAGAUCGGGGAUCCAGGGACCGGCCCUGCCCGAGCCUCCUCACCCUUCUCCCCCUUCCCACUGGCGCUCCGAGACGGCGCCUCCCAUGGCAAGGAAGGGGAACUAGACAAGCAGCCUGGCGGUGUGGGUCCUGGCCUGGCUCCGUGGACACGGCAGGCCCCGUAAGUCCUCCGAGUCUCAUUCCCUCGUGUCACGUGGGGAGAAUGAGUCCCACCUUCCCUGGAGAGGAGGCACUGAUGAGCACAGAGCCACUCUCCAGACGCAGGGACCUCAUGUCUGAUAGGGGCCGAGGUGCUCACUGCGGCUUCUCCCUGUCCUGGGUCCUCCCCGGCUGCCUGCAGUGCUCUGGAGGCAGAUGAUAGAGGCCCAGGGGGUCCAGGUGACCCCGAACCUAGACAUCAGUGCCCUGGCCAAGGUUUCCGAUGGCUACACACCUGGUCACAU